AUGAGCACUCUGAAAUCCUGGAUCGAUAUUAGCGAACAAGCCUUAAGAGAGGUACGCGAUCCUGGGAACCAGGGUCGAUUGUCGUUUCCUUUGGCAGGUGCGCCACCACUGAAAGAUGUGGAUGGCCAUCAUCGGCGUUGGCGCUACAUGCUGCAGGAUGUAGCCCCUGAACGCCAGAACUUUCGCCGCAAUUUCAGUAAGAAUGUGGUUCAGGCUUCUCGUGCUGUAGGUGAACGACGGGGCAAUGGCACAAUUUCAGACCUUCAACCUCCUUUGAAGCACCUUCGAGCUGCCCUAGACGAAUUGGCUAUGGUUAAAGAUUACGAUGACCAGCACCCGGUCUCCCGGUCAGAGUUUCCCCAGGAAGUGCUUCGAGGCAACGAGCCUGGUAGUGUCUGGUUGAAUCUGAAGCUGGAGUUUACGAAUGCUUGUCUCUCCCUGAUGUUAGGGAUAUUGCGCCAUGUUAUGCCCGAUCAUACUGAUCUGUGGGAAGAAAUGGAAGAAGCGCUGAAGUCCAGAGAAUGGCGCUCUCUGUUCGUGUUUGAUACAGGCCUGACUCAGGAAGCAUCGACAGUCUGGAACCAACCAAGGCCAGAACGUGUAUUGGGGCCACAGAUCGGACUUCGGGAGCAUUCCACUCGAGACGGCGUCAUUUCUAGCCCAGUUCCUGAUUUUCUAAGCCCCGUCCACCGUGCCAGACACUUCCAGCAGGAGAGACUUCAGCACCCGUCUAUUGCUUUGGGGUACCUCACACCCACGAAAGCAUUCCGGCAACCGCCAGCCCUCGCAGCCGACGCCAUGUGGUCCUUUGGCACGACGAUGACCAUCGCUAGCGACGAAAAGGAUGGUGUGCAGCAGUCUCAGGCGCCCGCUGCCCCAUCAGCAACAGCAGUGUCGCCCCAGAGCACCUCUCAGCCCACAGCGCUGCUGCCCGUGAGCAGUCGCCCCGACACAAGAUCACCUAUCCUAUCAGACCGCUCCCUGAGGCAAAUGGGCUUCUUUUUCGCUGGCGCCGGCUUCCUCGGAUUGUCGACCCUCAUCACGCGACGCGCCGUAGCAAGGAAGAUCGUCGCCACAAUCCCCCGAUUCUACGAGCCAAGUAACAGGCCAGUCGGCAAGAUCGAUGGGGAUGGCGGCUUUGUCGCUGUCGAAGCGCUUGGCCUGGCCACCCUCAACGUAUUUGGCUUUGCCAUCAUGUCGACUGGCGGCCUGUCGUGGGCUUUCGACAUCUCCAGCGUCGACGAAUUGCGGUCCUUGGCUAGGAGACACACCAGAGGAGGAGUUGGCGAGACCGACGAGGCGGCGGAACAACAGAUUGCUGAGUGGGCUAUGGACAUACUCCAGAAAACCGGACAUGCACCGAAAGGGUUGGAGGAUGCCAAAGCAUCGGACCAGAAAGACCAAUGA